AUGAAGCGCGCCUACGGUGGCAGCACAGGUGUCUACGCCUUCCAGGCACCUGUUCAGGGCCGCGACUACCGUGGCCCUUGCCCCGGUCUCAACGCCAUGGCCAAUCACAACUACAUCCCUCGCAACGGUAUUGCAACGUACGCUCAGCUCAUUCAGGGCCAGAAAGACAUGUACAAUGUUGCAGAUGACCUUGCCAACUUGCUUGCUACCAUUGCCGUGCCUCUCGACGGUGAUAUCUUGACCCUGCGUCUCUCCAUCGGGGGCUACGCACCAGAGGUUUCUACCCUUGGUGGCGUUCUUGGCCGACCCACUGGUCUCAACACCCACAACACGUUCGAGGGUGACACAUCGUUGACACGUAACGAUUACUUCCUCGGUGGUGGUGACAACUACUCUUUCAACGGCACCUUGUUUGGUCAGAUGGUCGACACCUGCCAGCAGGUUUCUGGAGGACUCUUUGACCGUGCUUGCAUGACUACCUACCGUCGUCAGCGAUAUGAGGCAUCCAAGGCCACCAACCCAAACUUCUACUACGGCCCUCUAGCCCUUCUCCUGUACGGAGCUGCUUCUUUCCUGUACACUCUCAUGCCUGCCGCCAACGGACAGCCUGAUCUUGCAACGAUCUCGUCCUUCUUCGGUGCUUCUCAGCGUGCUGACGGCACCUGGUACUUCAACAACCAGGAGCGUAUUCCUUCCACAACAUGGACACCUCGUACCGUUCCGCUGUCUGGCCAAGACACCACCAACGAGAUUCUUCUCCAGUACACUGGCUCGCAGCCUCUUGCUCUUUUCGGUGGAAACUUUGGAGCUGGCAACUUCCUUGGACUCAACAUUCCCGGCUACUUCUCUGGUGGGCAGCUCGCUGCAACCCCUGGAAACAUUCAGUGCAUCUUGUACAAUGUUCUCAGUGGCUUUGUUCCUACCGGCAUCAACCAGGGUCUCCAAUUGACUGGUGCUGCACUGACCUUUGUCACCAGCAACAUUCUCAAGCUCCCAUCGGGUGGUGGUCUUGCCAACUGUCUGCCUGUCAAGGAGGCCACUUACACUUCCCCAGCUGCCCAGACUGCUUAG